AUGGAUUGCGGAUGGGAUCCAGGGAUACGAGAUCGUAGAUGGAGUCGAAAAGCAUGGGAUUACGAUUGGAUUCUUGGUUGGUCAAGAUCUUACAGAGAUAAUCUGGAAAAAUGGCUUUGUAAGGUGUUUGGGCAAAGAAAUCGGGAUUGGGCGAUUCCGAUAUCGGUGGGGAUUGGGAUUUCAAAUAUGCAUCAAUGCGAGAUACGAUUUCUGAUAGGGGAGUUUCAGGUUUUGGAAGUGUUGGAUGGUUUUAAAGAGCUGGUAUUUGACACCACUGUGGAUUUCAAGGGAGGGCAGUUUUAUGAGGAUCUGGAGGCUCAUGUGACUUUGACUUAA